UUGAUACCACGAGUUCCCGGCUCUGCUGCACCUACGGGCGCCGGUGUUGGUGCCGGUGCCGCCUGUUCCACCAGCACCUCCGGUUCGUCCAGUUCCAACGGCUCUGCACAUUCGACGCUCGCCUCACGGAGUAAGGCCAGAACCUCAGCAUUUUCAGCUGAGGGACGAGAAUGCGUGAACUGUGGCGUCCAAGCUACCCCACUUUGGCGACGAGAUGGCACUGGCCACUACCUCUGUAACGCCUGUGGACUUUAUCACAAGAUGAACGGUCAGAAUAGGCCGUUAGUGAAGCCAAAGAAGAGACAGAGUGCCCAAAAACGGACUGGUGUUGUUUGUGUAAACUGUAACACAAACACAACAACACUAUGGAGGCGAAACGGUGGCGGUGAACCGGUCUGCAAUGCCUGUGGCCUCUACUAUAAACUGCAUCAGGUAGAGAGACCAUUGACCAUGAAGAAAGAUGGUAUACAGACACGAAAUCGGAAAAUGUCCACCAAAGGCAAGAAACCCAAGGUUUGUUCCGUCGAUAGCUCUUACAAUUAA